UGGUCGCUCUCCUUCGUAGUCUAGGUCUUUUUCUGCCUUAUAUCCUCUUAAUAAUUUGUUUAUUUUUAUGCAUUUUGUCAAGUAUUUCUGGCCUCUGUGCAUCUGACUAAUGCAUCAAAUGGAUACAAAAAUUAGUAGAUACUUUUAAUUGAUACAUUUAGAGAGAAUAAGUUUUAGAUUUUAAAACUAUGUAAUGAAUUCACUUGAAUGGAUUUUUAGUGAAGCAUUUUCUACCAGAUUCCCAUAAAGGAGACACUGUCUCUCAUGUGCUAUUAAAAGUUGGACCUUGUGACUACUGUCUGACUAUGUUUUUCUUUUAGAGAAGUCAGAGGGGGCAGUCUGACUUCAUGUAAAAAAUAGCCACCAAAGAUAUAUCCAGCAUCAUGUUUAGUUCUUUAAUUUUGGUCAGCCCACAUUUUCAAAACAGAUUAAAUUUGUCUGGUUUAUUUCAGAAGUAUAUAUUACAAAGCAUUCAAAGGCAAGUGAAAAUUCAAAUGCACAGAGCAGAGCCAGAGAGCCUUCUACAGAGGCUCUUCAGAAGAGACAGAAGGCAUACUGUCAAGCCCUAAGGAUUCUACCGUUUCCUUCUCUACCCUGAAGAGACUUGGAAAUUAAUGGGUAACAUUUUGCAUGAAAAUUUCUAAAUGCUACUUGUUCUUAUCUCUGAGGCCUUCUGUGGAGAAUUAAUAGGAGGUUGAAUGAGCAAAUGGAUAAAGUGAACCGUCUUAAAGGAUUGAAGUUCCAAAAAUAUAUCAGCAGGACUGGACAGGUUUGAGAUAAUGAGAUUUCUAUUUUAGCUUGACUUCUGAAACUCUGAAUAAACUAUAAACUGAGCUACACAAGGUCCUGGGAAGGAAGUUUUUCUUCUAAACUAUUCUAGUUACAUAUAACAUUUUUCUUAUUUAGAUCCUUUGAAAAAAUAUAUAUUUAGUCAUCAAUAGGAAUAAGACUAUUAUACACGUACCAACUUGUAAUGUAUGAAGUGGGAGAGAAAGUAGCAAAUUGUGUCAUACAGGAAAAGACAUUUAAUUAAAGAAACAAACACCAGGAAGAGGAGAAAUCUCUAUAUAAGUGCUGGUUGAGAUGGCAGAAGCUUCUGCAGACGCCUCAACUCUCCCCGUAACAGUGAAAAAGAAGAAAAGUUUAUCCAUUGAAGAAAAGAUCGACAUCAUAAAUGCAGUAGAAAGUGGCAAGAAAAAAGCAGAGAUUGCAGCUGAAUAUGGAAUAAAGAAAAAUUCAUUGUCCUCUAUUAUGAAGAAUAAAGACAAAGUUCUAGAAGCCUUUGAAUCUCUGAGAUUUGACCCAAAGAGAAAAAGACUGAGAACUGCUUUCUACACCGAUCUGGAAGAGGCAUUAAUGAGGUGGUAUCGAAUUGCUCAGUGUCUAAAUGUACCAGUUAAUGGUCCAAUGUUGCGUCUAAAAGCAAAUGAUUUUGCCCAGAAACUGGGACAUAAUGAUUUUAAGUGUAGUAAUGGUUGGCUGGAUCGCUUUAAAUCCAGGUAUGGUUUAGUAUUCAGAGCUCAACCUGUAGAAGCUACAGGUGUAUCAGUAGACCCUUCAGCGGUGUGGCACCAAAACGUACUUCCUUAUUAUUUAAAUGAUUAUCAUCCUAAAAAUGUUUUUAAUAUAAAAGAGACUGGACUGCUUUAUCGAAUGUUACCUACAAAUACAUUUGCGUUUAAAGGAGAAACGUGCUCAAUUGGAAAGUUAUGCAAAGACAGAAUAACGCUGGUGGUCGGGACAAACAUGGAUGGCUCCGAAAAACUUCCUUUGCUUAUCAUUGGGAAAAACAGAAAUCCACAUUGUUUCAAAGGAAUAAAAUCAUUGCCUGUGUGUUAUGAAGCUAACAGAAUGGCAUGGAUGACCUCCGAUAUAUUUGAACAGUGGAUGCAGAAGCUUGAUGAGAAAUUUCAAGCCCAGCAACGAAGAGUUGUGAUUUUUGUUGAUUCUCUUCCUGCACACCCAGAGGUAAAGAACCUGAAGUCCAUUGAGUUAGCAUUUUUCCCAUCAUGUUUGUCUCCCAAAUUUAUAGCUAUGAAACAAGGUGUUAUUAAAAGCCUUAAAAUCAAAUAUCGACAUUGUCUUAUCAAGAAAUUUUUAAGUUCUGUUGAAGGCAGCAAAGAAUUUACAUUUUCCCUACUAGAUGCAGUUGACACAUUGCAUCUCUGUUGGAGGGCUGUAACCCCAGAGACUAUUGCUAAGAGCUAUGAAGAGGCAGGAUUCAAAUCUCAACAGGGAGAAAGCGACAAGACAAAUACAGAGUCCAACACUGGUCUUGAUUUGGUUGCCCACGCCCAAGCAGCGGGAGUGGAGUUUCCUGAAGGUUUAUCUAUAGAAGAGUAUGCUGCCCUGGACGAUGACUUGGAGACAUGUGAAGCAGCGCCAAGUGGUGAUACGGUCUGGACCAAAGAAAGUAAAUCAGAUGAAACUGGAUUUUAUACUUCUGAUGAAGAGGAUGAUGGUGGGUCUCUGGGAACUGAACUUCCCUUACCCUCAAAAAAUGAGGCAAUAACUGCUUUAGCUACUCUUAAAAAUUUUCUUAGAAGUCAAGAUAUGAAUGAUGGGCUUCAUAAUUCUUUAGCAGACCUUGAAAUUUUUAUUAACUCUUUAUCACUUAAGUAAUUAUUUUACAACAACUGAAGACUAAUACCUUUUCCUGAUAUAUUUUUCUAUAUGAGGUAUGUAAAGGGAAAGUACCACAAACACAAAAAAUGAAAAAUUAGUGCAUUUGGUUUACUUGCAAAUGUCUGGUCUGAUUAGUAAAAUUCCCUAUGUAGAUUAAGUAAAUGAAAAGGCUGAAUUUCAAUUUAGCAAGCUUUUGGAAAGUAGAAAUGUAUUUCAGAGGCCUGUGAAAAAUAUGGUAAAUGUUUUAAAAAUAAAAAACUAUCCAGCUAUCUGAUUUAUACAGAUUGAAUUGGUGAUUACUAUUUUCUUUCUUUUUUAAUGUGUAGGUCAUGUUCCAGAAUAUUUUAACUUAUCUACCUCAUUUAAGGAACAAAAUAUUUAUUAUUGCUUAGAUAUUUAUUUUAUAAGUACAUAUAUAUGCCGUGUAUGUUUUAACUAGACUCUUAAGGAUCAAGUAUUAAUUUUAAAUUUUUAAAUUUUUCUCAUAACGAGCUAAUAUUUUAAAAAAUAAAUGAUAAGAAAACUACUGAAAAUAAAACUGGACCCAAUCAUACACCAAAAUGAUUAAAAAUUUGUCUUAACUAUUUUCAAGUUAUUUCUAUAUAAGUUCAAACAAAAGACUGUGACAUCAGACUUUUCUUAUCAUCUAAAAACAGAAGAUGAUAUAGAUUCUUUCUAAAUAUUUGUAUGUAUAUGUGUGUGAAAAUAGUAAAAUACAUUAUUGAAACAUUUGUUAAACUCUUAUGAUAUUUAUAUUGUAAUAAGACUACUCUUAAAAAGGAGACAUAUGUACUACUCUUUGUAAUACUUUAAGCAAUAAAAUAAAAUUUAAAAAUAAAUAAAUAAAAAAUAAAUAUGAAGAUUACAUAUAUUGCUACUAGAAAAAAAAAUCUUAUGUGGUUCUUAGUUUUCUAAUUUUAACAGCUGAAGCUUAUAAUCUAUAAUAUUUAUUUCCUUGAUCUUACUGAAUCUUAUUUUUAGUAAAAGCUGAGUGUCCUUUAGCAUAUUCUAAUGUAUUUAAUCCCCCCUCCAUGGUAAUAUUUUGGAUUAAAUUUCUGUUUGAGGAAGCUUUGUCUACAGAAUGCUUUAAAAUAUUGUAUCCAAUUAUUUACUUUUUAUCCACAAAAUAGUCUGUAAACAGUAAAAAUAUAACAAUGGGUCAGACUUUUAUUUUUUACUUAUUUAUUUAUUUUUUAAAUCUUUGUUGAAGUGAUACAUAGAUCCUCCUUUUCCCCCCAUUAACCUCUUCCAGCCCGCUCCAGUCCUCCCCACCCCCAGGCC